CGAUCUUGUCCGGUAAAUAUGGAGUCGCUGUUUGGCUAAAAAGACGAAUAAAUAUAAGAUCAAAACGACUGUAAUCACACCGAGAGCCCAUAUACGUUUUACUGCAACAUCGACCGUGCGUCCUUCGUGCGUAAACAUGCUGGGAGAGAAUGAGCCCGAGUGGUUGUCCGAGGAGGUGAAAACUGGAACAACUAUCCUUGCCAUAGAGUUUGACGGAGGGGUCGUGCUCGGAUCUGAUUCACGAGUCUCUGCAGGGGCUUCAGUGGUAAACAGAGUAAUGAACAAACUUUCUCAACUCCAUGACAAAAUCUAUUGCGCGCUUUCCGGUUCUGCUGCAGACGCUCAAACCAUUGCAGAGGUGGUCAACUAUCAGCUGGAUGUCCACAGUAUGGAAAUCGGAGAAGACCCCCAAGUUCGCUCCGCUGCCACUUUGGUCAGAAACAUCUCAUACAAAUAUAAAGAGGAGCUGUCAGCACAUCUGAUAGUGGCUGGAUGGGACAGGAGAAAAGGAGGACAAGUUUAUGCAACAUUAAAUGGACUCUUGACCCGUCAGCCCUUUGCUGUUGGAGGCUCUGGGAGUUCUUAUGUGUAUGGAUUUGUGGACGCAGAAUAUCGAAAAGGCAUGAGCAAAGAGGAGUGUCAAAAGUUUGUUGUCAACACCCUGUCUUUGGCGAUGAACAGAGAUGGCUCAAGUGGAGGUGUGGCUUAUCUUGUCACAAUUGAUGAACAUUGCACAGAAGAGAAAGUCAUUCUGGGAAACGAUUUACCCACAUUUUAUGAUCAGUGAGACAAAUGCAGCCUGGAAUAUGUAAAAAUACUAAA